CACCCUGUGAAACCCCUACUUUCUCAAACACACGUACUCAUGGCCAAAGCUGAUCAUCAUCUUAUAAUUUCUGUUUUUUUCAUUCUUCUCUGUGGACUCUUGCACCCUUCACAUUCCACCACCGACGCAUUCAUCUACGGAGGUUGUUCACAAGUGAAAUACUCCCCCGGCUCACCAUACGAGUCAAACCUCGACUCACUUCUCACUUCCCUAGUUAACUCAGCCACCUACUCUUCCUACAACAAAUACAGCAUCUCAGGGUCUACUCAACAAGACGUAAUCAACGGUGUCUACCAAUGCAGAGGAGACUUAGCCAUGCCUGAUUGCGCCACGUGCGUUGCACGUGCAGUGACACAAUUAGCCCCAUUGUGCUCUCAGACGUGCGGCGGGGCGAUACAGUUGGAAGGGUGUUUUGUGAAAUAUGAUAACACUAGUUUCAUCGGGGUGGAGGAUAAGACGGUUGUGAUGAAGAAAUGUGCGCCCUCGGUUGGGUAUGAUCCGGAGGUGAUGGGAAGGAAGGAUGCGGUGUUAGCGAGCUUGGGUUCGGCUGGUGGGUUGUAUAGGGUUGGUGGUUCGGCAGAUGUGGAAGGGGUGGCUCAAUGUGUCGGGGAUUUGAGUAAUAGCAAGUGUCAAGAUUGUGUGGGGGAAGCGAUUGGACGGUUGAAAAGUGAGUGUGGUGGUGCGGUGUUUGGUGAUAUGUUUUUGGCUAAGUGUUAUGCUAGGUAUUCAACUAGUGGAGCUCAUUCUUAUGCCAAAUCUCAUCACGGUGGACAUGAUGAAGCCGAGAAGACAUUCGCGAUAAUAAUCGGAUUACUUGCUGGGGUUGCACUCAUCAUCAUUUUCCUAACUUUUAUGAGAAAAGUUUUCGGCCGAAAUGGCAAGUAAAUGAGAACUUUAUGGAAAGUUGAAAGGGUUGCAUGCAUGGCCUCCAUCACCGAUACUGUUUAAAUUGCUUUUCUUUUUUCUUUCAUGAUGUUAACUUACUUUUUUAUUUUUAUUCAUUUUACUUUUAUCAUAA